GUGCAAAGUGGAACCAUUGGAGUCAGUCGAACAAUAGUGACUGACGGUUUCGCACAGGCCCGGUCUUUUUCCGGAACUCAAAGAGUCUUUCAAGCAGAGUGUUAAAAGCAAGAUAUUUUCGCUAUAGAUAAACAUAAUAAAUAUGGAUUUAUUCGAAACUAUCGGCCUGCUAUUUGUAAUAUAUUACUCCAUUUAUGUCGUUUUUCCAAACUUUUUGGAUUGCGAUUUAUUGCUCGCUUUUAAAGAAAAAUAUGGCAAACCCGUAUCUUCAUUGAAAGGUAAAAAAGUAUGGAUAACAGGUGCAUCCGCCGGUAUCGGCGAGAAUCUGGCUUAUGUGUUAGCCAAAGUGGACUGCAAACUAAUUUUAUCUGCUCGAAGAGUUGCCGAGUUAGAACGAGUGAAGAAAACGUGUCUGGAAGAAAACAAACGUUUGAGCGAUGAUGAUGUGCAGAUCUAUCCUAUGGACAUACUUGAUUUAGAUUCGCACGAGAAAGCCUUUCAGCAUGUAAUCGAUAAAUUCGGCAAGUUGGACAUACUUGUUAACAAUGCCGGUCGCAGUCAAAGAGCGCAAUGGGAGAAUAUCGAGAUAACGGUUGAUAAAGAGAUGUUCAACUUGAAUGUGUUCUCCGUCGUGUCCUUGAGCAGAUUAGCGAUUAAACAUUUUCUAAAGACAGGUGGAGGCCAAAUCGUCAACACCUCGAGUCUCGCGGGAAUUUUGCCGGUGCCGUUGUCGGCGACGUACUGUGGCACUAAACAUGCCUUACAUGGUUACUUCAAGCCAUUGUUCAUAGAGCAUCCCGAUAAGAAUAUCAACGUGACGACAGUUUGUCCGGGUCCAGUGCAAACUGAUUUUCUAGCAGAGAGCUUCACGGAGAAAUCUGGCGAAAAAUAUGGCGUAAGAACAGAAGUAUCGCAAAAUAAAAUCAGUGCGGCACGUUGCGCAAGUCUGAUGGCCGUUGCAAUUGUAAAUAAACUGGACGAAGUUUGGAUCGCCAAGUCAGACACUUUAAGAAUUACAUAUUUGACCUAUUGUUUCCCGAAUUUUGCAAAAUGGUUGAUAAAGAAUUAUUUAGGUAAAAAAUUCCUAAUGAAAUUACGAGAUGCUAAAGUAUCCAAGGAGGAUUAAUCGAUCAUUGAUAAAUGAUUCGAUAACAUUUUCACAUCACAGUUUGCCAAAAUUCUUAAUGUAAACAAAAUCUAAAUGUAAACAAAGUCAUAUGAAGACUUUUGUAUAUGUAUAUUAAUAAAAAAUUUGUAAAAAAAU